GCGGGGGGGGGCAUGCGGCGACGGCCUCCAGCUCCCCCCGGGCCCGAGCGGCAACGGCCGAGGAGCCGGCGGCGGGCGGAGUGGCGGCGGCCGCUGAGGAGGCUCGAGCCCCGGCCGGGCCCCCCCGCGCCGGACCAUGUACUCAGCCCACAGGCCCCUGGUGCCCGCGUCCGGCGCGGCCUCCCGUGGCCUCGGCAUGUUCGUGUGGACAAAUGUGGAACCUCGCUCUGUUGCCGUGUUCCCCUGGCACUCCUUAGUCCCUUUUCUGGCCCCCAGCCAGCCCGACCCCUCUGUGCAGCCAAGUGAGGCCCAGCAACCUGCCAGCCACUCAGUGGCCUCCACCCAGAGCAAAGAACCUGCUGAGUCGGCGGCUGUGGCUCAUGAGCAGCCACCAGGUGGGACAGGGAGUGCUGACCCUGGGCGGCCCCCUGGAGCCACCUGCCCUGAGAGCCCAGGGCCCGGACCCCCCCACACUUUGGGGGUGGUGGAACCUGGAAAGGGUCCCCCUCCCACCACUGAGGAGGAGGCCCCUGGCCCUCCAGGAGAGCCCCGGCUGGACAGCGAGACGGAGAGUGACCAUGAUGAUGCCUUCCUCUCCAUCAUGUCUCCCGAGAUCCAGUUGCCUCUGCCACCCGGGAAACGCCGGACCCAGUCCCUCAGUGCCCUGCCAAAGGAACGAGACUCCUCUUCGGAGAAGGAUGGACGCAGCCCCAACAAGCGGGAGAAGGACCAUAUUCGGCGGCCCAUGAACGCCUUCAUGAUCUUCAGCAAGCGGCACCGGGCCCUGGUCCACCAGCGUCACCCCAACCAGGACAACCGGACCGUCAGCAAGAUUCUGGGCGAGUGGUGGUACGCCCUGGGGCCCAAGGAGAAGCAGAAGUACCAUGACCUGGCCUUCCAGGUGAAAGAGGCCCACUUCAAGGCUCACCCAGACUGGAAGUGGUGCAAUAAGGACCGGAAGAAGUCCAGCUCAGAGGCCAAGCCUGCGAGCCUGGGGCUAGCAGGAGGACACAAGGAGACUCGGGAGCGGAGCAUGUCGGAGACGGGGACUGCCGCUGCCCCUGGAGUGUCCUCGGAGCUCCUCUCCGUCGCAGCCCAGACGCUCCUGAGCUCGGAUACCAAGGCUCCAGGGAGUGGUUCCUGUGGGACAGAGCGUCUGCACACAGUUGGGGGACCUGGCUCGUCCCGGCCCCGAGCCUUCUCCCACAGUGGGGUCCACAGCCUGGAUGGUGGGGAAGUAGAUAGCCAGGCGCUACAGGAACUGACUCAGAUGGUGUCCGGCCCCGCAUCCUAUUCUGGUCCAAAGCCUUCCACCCAGUAUGGGGCUCCAGGCCCCUUCUCAGCCUCUAGUGAGGGAGGUGCCCUGGCGGCUGGUGGGCGACCCCCGCUGCUGCCCACCCGGGCCUCCCGUUCCCAGCGUGCAGCCAGUGAGGACAUGACCAGUGACGAGGAACGCAUGGUCAUCUGUGAGGAGGAGGGAGACGAUGAUGUCAUUGCUGAUGAUGGCUUCGGUGCCACUGACAUUGACCUUAAGUGCAAGGAGCGGGUGACUGAUAGCGAGAGCGGAGACAGCUCUGGGGAGGACCCAGAGGGCAGCAAGGGUUUUGGCCGGAAGGUGUUCUCGCCUGUGAUUCGUUCCUCCUUUACCCACUGCCGCCCACCGUUGGACCCUGAGCCCCCAGGGCCCCCGGAUCCAUCACCUCCAGCCUUUGGCAAAGGCUACGGGCCCACCCCUUCUUCAUCCUCGUCCUCACCUGCCUCCUCCUCAGCCUCAGCCGCCACCUCCUUCCCACUGGGCUCAGGGACCUUCAAGGCCCAGGAGUCAGGUCAGGGCAGCACGGCAGGCCCACUACGACCCCCACCUCCUGGGGCUGGGGGCCCAGGGACACCUUCCAAGGCCACCCGGUUCCUCCCAUCGGAUCCUGCCGCCUUCCGGCGCAAGAGACCUGAAAGUGUGGGAGGCCUGGAGCCACCAGGCCCCUCAGUCAUUGCAGCACCUCCUGGCGGGGGAGGAAGUGUCCUGCAGACGCUGGUCCUGCCCCCAAAUAAGGAGGAACGGGAAGGCAGCGGAACCCGCAUGCCCUCAGCCCCAGCCCCGUCACUGGCCUAUGGGGCCCCAACAGCCCCCCUGUCCCGCCCAGCUGCUACCAUGGUCACCAAUGUGGUGCGGCCUGUCAGUAGCACUCCUGUGCCCAUCGCCUCUAAGCCCUUCCCUACCUCUGGCCGGGCUGAGGCAUCUCCAAAUGACACUGUGGGUGCCAGGACUGAGCCGGUCACGGGGUCCCGGGCGCCAGGGAGCUCCCCGCUGGGUGUAAGCUUAGUGUACUCGGACAAGAAGUCGGCAGCAGCCUCCUCGCCGGCCCCGCACCUGGUGGCUGGGCCCCUCCUAGGUGCUGUGGGAAAGGCCUCUGCCACAGUCACCAACCUGCUGGUGGGCACACCGGGUUAUGGUGCCCCAGCGCCCCCUGCUGUUCAGUUCAUAGCCCAGGGGGCCCCUGGCAGUGGAGCCACCACAGGCUCUGGAGCAGGCGCUGGGAGUGGCCCCAAUGGGCCAGUGCCCCUGGGCAUCUUGCAGCCGGGCACCUUGGGCAAGGCUGGGGGAAUCACCCAGGUGCAGUACAUCCUGCCCACGCUGCCCCAGCAGCUUCAGGUGGCGCCUGCCCCGGCACCAGCCCCUGGGACCAAGGCAGCAGCUCCUGGCGGCCCCGCACCAACCACCAGCAUCCGUUUCACCCUCCCCCCGGGCACCUCCACCAACGGCAAAGUUCUGGCGGCCACCGCACCCACCCCUGGCAUCCCCAUCCUGCAGUCCGUACCCUCUGCCCCGCCCCCCAAAGCCCAGUCAGUGUCUCCUGUACAGGCUCCGCCCCCGGGUGGCUCAGCUCAGCUGCUGCCCGGGAAGGUACUGGUGCCCCUGGCGGCCCCUAGCAUGUCCGUGCGGGGUGGAGGGGCUGGCCAGCCACUGCCCCUGGUGAGCCCGCCUUUCUCAGUACCUUUGCAGAAUGGGGCCCAGCCACCCAGCAAGAUCAUCCAGCUGACUCCGGUGCCUGUGAGCACACCCAGUGGCCUGGUGCCGCCCCUCAGCCCAGCCACACUCUCCGGACCCACCUCCCAGCCUCAGAAGGUCCUGCUGCCCUCCUCUACCAGAAUCACCUAUGUGCAGUCGGCGGGUGGGCACGCCUUGCCCCUGGGCACCAGCCCUACGUCCAGCCAGGCUGGAACAGUCACCUCGUAUGGGCCCACGAGCUCGGUAGCCCUAGGCUUCACCUCGCUGGGGCCCAGCGGACCCGCCUUUGUGCAGCCCCUGCUUUCAGGCCAAGCUCCAUUGCUGGCUCCUGGCCAGGUGGGCGUGUCGCCAGUGCCCAGCCCCCAGCUGCCGCCAGCCUGCACAGCCCCCGGAGGUCCCAUCAUCACUGCAUUUUACCCUGGCAGCCCUGCACCCACCUCCUCUGCACCCCUAGCCCAGCCAUCCCAGGCUCCCCCAGGUCUGGUCUACACCGUGGCCACUAGCACCCCACCUGCUGCCACCAUCCUGCCGAAGGGCCCACCAGCCCCUGCCACUGCCACCCCGGCCCCUACCAGCCCUUUCCCUAAUGCUUCAGCAGGCUCCAUGACCUACAGCUUAGUGGCCCCCAAGGCCCAGAGGCCCACCCCCAAGGCCCCCCAGAAAGUGAAGGCUGCCAUUGCCAGCAUUCCCGUGGGUUCCUUCGAGGCAGGUGCCCCUGGGCGGUCAGGCCCUGCAGCUCGGCAGCCCUUGGAGCCUGGCCCAUCCCGGGACCCCCCUCCCCCUGAGUCUGAGCUUGAGGGGCAGCCUACGACACCGGCCCCUCCACCACCCCCAGAGACCUGGGCUCCCAUGGCCCGGAGCAGCCCCCCGCCUCCCCUGCCUGCUGAGGAGCGGACAAGCAGCAAGGGCCCUGAGACUGUGGCCAGCAAAUUCCCCAGCUCUUCGUCUUCAGACUGGCGAGUCCCUGGGCUGGGUCUGGAGACCCGUGGGGAGCCUCCCACCCCUCCCAGCCCAGCGCCAGCUCCGGCUUCAGCCCCUGGUGGCAGCGGCAGCAGCAGCAGCGAGGGCAGCAGUGGGAGGGCAGCCGGGGACACCCCUGAGCGCAAGGAGGCCGCUGGUACCGGCAAGAAGGUGAAGGUGCGGCCCCCGCCCCUGAAGAAGACCUUUGACUCUGUGGACAACAGGGUCCUGUCAGAGGUGGACUUCGAAGAGCGCUUUGCUGAGCUGCCUGAGUUCCGGCCUGAGGAGGUGCUGCCUUCGCCCACCCUGCAGUCUCUGGCCACCUCGCCCCGGGCCAUCCUGGGCUCCUACCGCAAGAAGAGGAAGAACUCCACUGACCUGGACUCGGCCCCCGAGGACCCUACCUCGCCGAAACGCAAGAUGAGGAGACGCUCCAGCUGCAGCUCAGAGCCCAACACCCCCAAGAGUGCCAAGUGCGAGGGGGACAUCUUCACCUUCGACCGUACAGGUACGGAAGCGGAGGAUGUGCUCGGGGAGCUGGAAUACGAGAAGGUGCCAUACUCUUCCCUGCGGCGUACCCUGGACCAGCGCCGGGCCCUGGUCAUGCAGCUCUUCCAGGACCAUGGCUUCUUCCCAUCAGCCCAGGCCACGGCAGCUUUUCAGGCCCGCUACGCAGACAUCUUCCCCUCCAAGGUGUGUCUGCAGUUGAAGAUCCGUGAGGUGCGCCAGAAGAUCAUGCAGGCGGCCACUCCCACGGAGCAGCCCCCUGGAGCUGAAGCCCCCCUUCCUGGACCGCCCCCCACUGGCACUGCUGCUGCCCCUGUCCCCACUCCCAGCCCUGCUGGGGGCCCUGACCCCACCUCACCUGGCUCGGACUCUGGCACAGCUCCAGCUGCCCCGCCACUGCCUCCACCUCCAGAGCCGGGUCCCGGACAGCCUGGCUGGGAGGGCCCCCCCCAGCCGUCCCCCCCGCCCCCUGGCCCCUCCACAGCUGCCACAGGCAGGUGAGGGCUCCGAGAAGACCCCAGGACCCACAGUACGCCCCUCAGGACACGGACAGUAUGUAGGUGGCAGGAAUCGGGGGGUGGGGGGCAGGAUGGUUCCCUCCUCCCCAAUAAAGCCAUUUCGUCCUUUUUAGUUUUGGGCGGAAUGAGGCCUGCUCCUCUUGUCUAUUCCCCUCUCCCCACAGCUUUCUCCCUGUGAUGGGGGGCAGCUGAGGGGAAGCAGGGGCACAGUCUCCCUCCACCGAGCCCGUGUAUAUAACCUGGAGUGUGUUACCUUCAGACCUUUUCACUUGUACUUUAUGCAAAAUGGCUCAUGUGAGGGCUACAAGCUGGUGGGUAGUGUGGGCCUUGGGCCACAGGGAGGUGCCUGUGGAGUAGGGGGAGUUCAUGCACCCCUUUUUUCCCCAGAGGGGCUGGACUCAGGUUAGUUGGGGGUGGGGGCUCCUGCACUUUGCCACAGGCCUGGGGAGGGUUCUCUCCCCACCCCCUCUGCCCUCCCAACUUGGGUUGUACUUUCUAAGAAGGUGAUUCCCCCUACCCUUGUCCCCAUCCCCAGAACAAAACAUGUUGAUCAUGUGCAAUAUUUCUUACUGUGCCGAGAAGCAGAAAUGACCGAAAUUAAAGCUGUUUAACACA